AUGAAUUAAUAUAAUCAUACAAAGGUCAAAUAAUAAAAAUAGGUUCAUUUAAUCCUCACUCCACUUAAACUGGAAUAAUCGUUACGUGUUAAAAAUCAUUAUUUAGAGAAUUCAUCUUACUAUCAACGUACAUCACCUAGAACAAUUCUACCUUAAUUUACACCUUAAAAGAAAAAAACAUAAAUAAGUUUUCAAGAUUAAAAGAAUUCUCCAUAAUCUUCAUUGGUCACAUCCUUUAAAGUAAGACCAAGGAAUUUUCAUUAAGAAAAAGUGUAAUUUCAAAGCAAUUUGAGUAUAGCUUUUAUUUAGAAUUAGUAAAGAUUCAAUAAAGAUUAAUUCCUGAUGAUAGUUUUAGAUUCAAAGCUAAAUAUGCAGCUAGAUCAAGAAAAGGUGUUUAAUUAGGCAAUGCUUCUAAAGUGAAUUAGGAUACAUAUAUAUGUUGUGCAAAAAUUGAAAAUAAUGAAUGUAUUCAUCUAUUUGCAAUAUGUGAUGGUCAUGGAGAACAUGGACAUUUAGUUAGUGGUUUAAUUAAAACUCAACUCCCAAUAUUAAUUUCAAAGAAUAAAUUAUUAUUAGAGAAAAAGUAAAUAAUAAAAUUAUAAUAAUAUUAGUUCUUCAUAAGGGUUGAUGAUUAUUAUUUAAGGACUUUCUGAUAUUUUAUAAUAGAGUCAUAUUGAUAUGUCUUUUUCAGGAUCAACUUUAGUAAUAGUUUAUAUUUAAAAUAACAAAGUAAUUUUUAAUAUUAAUAUAAUUAGAUUUAUUGUGCAAAUUUAGGAGAUUCAAGAGCAAUUCUAUUGAAUAGAGAUGAAAAAUGGAAAAUGAAACCAUUAUCAAGAGAUCAUAAACCAAAUUGCAAAGAUGAAGCUGAUAGAAUACUAGCUAAUGGAGGCAGGAUAGAUCCAUUAAUGAAUGGUUUAGGUUUAUUUGUUGGUCCAUUAAGAGUAUGGACAAAUUAGAAUGUUCCUGGUUUGGCAAUGACAAGAUCAUUAGGUGAUGAAAUAGCACAUUCAGUAGGAGUGAGUGAUAAACCUGAAAUAUUGUAAUUUGAUUUAGAAAGGAAUGAUAAAGUAAUAAUAGUGGGAAGUGAUGGAUUAUUUGAAUUUCUGAGUGAUGAUCAAAUAAUUAAUUGUAUCUCUCCAUAUUAUGAUACAUCUAAUAUUGAAGGAGCUUGCAAUCAAUUAAUGUUGGCUGCUUGUAAUAGUUGGAUGCAAAAAUGCAAUAAUUUAAUUGAUGACAUUACUUUCAUAAUAUUAUUCUUAACUUAUUGA